UUAAAAUCACUUGAUACAAAUAUUUAACUUAAAAUACCACCUUAUGUAUUUGAUAAAAAAUAUAUGAUUUGGAUUUUCUUUUGUUAGAGAAUUUGAGAAAAAGAUGGAUAAUAUUUUGAGCAUGAUUUGUGUGCACUGUGGUAGUGGUGAUGAUGAUGGAGGAAAAGCCUUGUGUUAUGAUUUUAAGUUCUUUAAAGAUCCUUCCUCAUGCAUCAACCAUGUGUUAGUACUUUGCUUUGAUCUGUUCAUGCUAAUCAUGUUGUCAUUCAUCAUGAUUUUGAAGUCUCACUCAAGAUCCUUUUGGAGUACAGCAAGAUAUUCUAAGUUGCAGAUAGUUUCUGCCAUAGCCAAUGGCUCUCUUAGUUUGUUGUAUUUAUGCUUAGGAAUUUCGGAUUUCGCGGAGGCUUUACCUUUUAACCAGUGGUUGCAAUUGCAAGAACUCUUUCAUGGACUUGCAUGGUUGUUAGUAAGUUUAAGUAUAAGUCUUGAGAUAAAACAAAUCCCAAGAGCAUGGAUGUGGUUGUUUUCUAUUCUCAUGUUCUUUGUUUCUGCUAUAUUAUGCUUUUUAUCCUUAUCUUAUACAUUUGAAAGUAUAGAAUCAUUUUCUCUCAAAGUAGCUUUGGAUGUUAUGUCAUUUCCAGGAGCUAAUUUGAUGCUCUUAUGCACAUACCAAAUAUGUAAAUGUAAGGAUGUUGAUAGUGAAAUUGAUGAUAGUCUUUGUACCCCUUUAAUCGACGAAGUUAUUCCUGUUACCCCAUUUGCCAAAGCUGGAGUCUUUAGUAAGAUUUGGUUUUGGUGGUUGAAUCCAUUGAUGAAAAUCGGUCAAGAGAAAACACUUGAUGACGAGGAUAUCCCAAAAUUAAGAGCGUCCGACAGAGUGAAAGUUUGUUAUUUAUCGUUUUUAGAACGAUUAGACAAAAAAAGACAAGAGGAUCUAUCAUCACAUUCAUUGAUUUUAUGGACAAUCAUUCUGUGCCACCAGAGAGAGAUUUUGCUAACCGGGUUCUUUGCUUUGCUCAAGGUACUUGCUCUAUCUUCAACUCCUCUACUUCUGAGUUCCUUUAUAUCGGUCGCUGAGGGUAAUGAAAGUUUCAAAUAUGAAGGUUAUACAUUAGUCAUAUCACUCUUGUUUAUUAAAAUCAUAGAAUCCUUAUCACAAAGACAGUGGUAUUUCCGUGCUAGACUUGUUGGAAUGAAAGUUAGAUCAAUACUUACUGCGGCCAUAUAUAGAAAAGUAUUAAGACUGUCCAAUUCUGCUCACUCGGGCGGUGAGAUAAUGAAUUAUAUCACAGUCGAUACUUGUAGAGUCGGAGAAUUUCCAUUUUGGUUUCACCAGACUUGGACAACAAUCCUCCAACUUUGUAUUGCAUUAGUAAUACUUUUCCGCACAAUUGGACUAGCAACAUUGGCAUCAUUGGCGGUGAUAGUUUUCACUGUGCUUUGCAAUGCUCCACUAGCAAAGUUACAACACAAGUUUCAGAGCAAACUUAUGGUGGCACAGGAUGAGAGAUUAAAGGCUACUUCUGAAGCUCUUGUGAAUAUGAAAGUGUUGAAGCUAUAUGCAUGGGAAAUCCAUUUUAAAAAUGUUGUAGAUUACUUAAGAAAUGUGGAACUUAAAUUGUUAUAUGUCGUGCAAUUAAGAAGAACUUACCUUGUUUUUCUUUUUUGGACCUCGCCGAUGUUGGUAUCUUCUGCUUCUUUUCUGGCAUGUUACUUCUUGAAAGUUCCUUUGCAUGCAAGUAAUGUUUUCACUUUUUUGGCCACUGUGUGCCUUGUUCAAGAGCCAAUUACUCGCAUCCCGGAUGUUAUUGCGGUGGUCAUUCAAGCAAAAGUUGCAUUUGCUCGAAUUGUUAAUUUCCUUGAUGCACCGGAACUGCAGAGUGAAAAUUUGAAGAAUGAGUGCCUUGAUUUCAGCCUCAAAGGCUCAAUUUCUAUAAAACAUGCCGAUUUUUCAUGGGAAGGUAAUGCAUCAAAUCCAACAUUAAGGAGCAUAAGUUUGGAGGUUAGGCAUGGCCAAAAGGUGGCUAUCUGUGGAGAAGUUGGCUCAGGGAAAUCAACCCUUUUAGCAACGAUUCUUGGAGAAGUUCCUAAAACAAAGGGAGCUAUUGAUGUUAAUGGGAGGUUUGCAUAUGUUUCUCAAGCAGCAUGGAUACAAAUAGGAACAAUUCGGGAAAAUAUUUUGUUCGGGUCUAAGUUGGAUGAUCAAAGAUAUCAAGAAACACUCGAGAGGUCUUCGUUAGUAAAGGACCUUGAGUUGUUUCCCUAUGGGGACCUCACUGAAAUAGGUGAGAGAGGAGUUAAUUUAAGUGGAGGUCAGAAGCAGCGAAUUCAGCUAGCUCGUGCUCUUUAUCAGAACGCUGAUAUAUAUCUAUUGGACGAUCCAUUUAGCGCUGUUGAUGCGCAUACUGCAAAAAAAUUGAUUAAUGAAUACAUCAUGGAAGGACUCCAAGGGAAAACAGUUUUACUUGUUACUCAUCAAGUCGACUUCCUCCCGGCUUUUGAUUCUGUUUUGUUGAUGGCUGAUGGCGUAAUCCUACAAGCUGGUCCAUAUCACCAGCUAUUAAACUCAAGCCCGGAAUUCCUAGGUCUUGUCAAUGCUCACAAGGAGACUACUGGUUCAGACCAACUUGCUGCAAGUUCUACUUUUUCCAAUUCCGAAAAACGUAUGCAAGAAGCAUUUGUGUUGAAGCAGUUUAUAGCACCAAAAGAAGAAAAUCAAUUGAUUAAGCAAGAAGAAAGAGAGAAGGGAGACACAGGAUUGAAGCCUUACUUACAAUAUCUGAAUCAGAUGAAAGGCUAUAUAUUCUUCUCAAUGGCUUCACUUAGUCAGCUGGUUUUUGUAGUUUGUCAGAUAUUGCAAAACUCGUGGAUGGCUUCUAAUAUUGACAAUCCCCUUGUCAGUACAUUGCAAUUGAUUUUAGUUUAUUUCAUUAUUGGUUCUUUUUCAACGGUUUUCGUGUUCACCAGAAGUCUAUUUGUAGUAGCUUUGGGUCUUCAAUCAUCAAAAUAUUUAUCUUCAGAGUUGAUGAACUCCCUCUUUCGUGCGCCCAUGUCAUUUUAUGACUCUACACCAUUGGGAAGAAUACUAAGUAGGGUCUCAUCUGAUAUGAGCAUUAUGGAUCUGGACAUUCCGUUUAGCCUUUCUUUUGCUGUGGGAGGAACGAUACUUUUUUAUUCUAGUAUUACGGUUUUGGCAGUUGUCACAUGGCAAGUCUUGAUUGUGGCUAUACCAAUGGUUUAUGCUGCUAUUUACAUGCAGCAGAGAUACUGUUUUGCCUCAGCGAAAGAAGUAAUGCGGAUGAAUGGCACAACAAAAUCUUUAUUAGCUAAUCAUGUAGCUGAAACAGUUGCCGGAGCUGUAACAAUAAGGGCUUAUGAGGAGGAAGAACGUUAUUUUGAGAAGAACCUUGAUCUAAUUGAUAUUAAUGCUAGUGCUUUUUUCCAUAGUUUUGCCUCGAAUGAGUGGUUGUUUCUACGAUUAGAAACUAUAAGUGCGGUUGUUCUCACCGCUGCAGCACUCUGCAUGAUUAUGCUUCCCCCUGGAACAUUAAGCUCAGGAAUCAUUGGCAUGGCUCUAUCUUAUGGCUUUUCGCUAAAUGAUUCAUUAGAAUCUUCAAUACGAAAUCAAUGCACUGUUGCGAAUUACAUAAUAUCAGUAGAAAGGAUAAAUCAAUAUAUGCAUAUACAAAGUGAGGCAGAAGAAAUAGUAGAAGGAAAUCGUCCUCCUUUGAACUGGCCAACUGCAGGCAAAGUAGAAAUAAACGACUUGAAGAUACGAUACAGGUCUAACGGACCACUUGUACUCGAUGGGAUCAUAUGCACAUUUAUAGCCGGGCAUAAGAUUGGUAUUGUUGGAAGAACAGGCAGUGGGAAAUCGACUCUUAUCAGUGCUUUAUUUCGUCUUGUAGAACCAGCAGGAGGAAAAAUUAUAGUUGACGGGAUAGACAUAUCAUCUAUCGGCCUUCAUGAUUUGAGGUCUAGUUUCGGGGUUAUACCUCAAGAUCCUACUCUUUUUAAUGGGACUAUAAGAUAUAAUUUGGACCCUUUAUCGAAACAUAGUGAUCAAGAGAUAUGGGAGGUUCUCGGGAAGUGUCAGUUGCGACAAGUUAUCAAAAGGAAAGAAGAGGGUUUGAACUCCUCAGUGGUUGAAGAUGGAUCAAACUGGAGCAUGGGACAAAGGCAGUUAUUCUGUUUGGGGCGCGCUCUUUUAAGAAGAAGUAAGAUAUUGGUAUUGGACGAAGCAACAGCAUCGAUUGAUAAUUCUACUGAUCUGAUUCUGCAGAAAACCAUUAGGAACGAGUUUGCAGAUUGUACCGUGAUCACAGUAGCACACAGGAUACCAACUGUGAUGGAUUGCAGCAUGGUUCUCGCUAUAAGUGAUGGAAAAUUGGCGGAGUAUGAUGAGCCAAUGAGGUUGAUGAAAAGAGAAGAAUCAUUGUUUAGAAAGCUUGUCAAGGAGUACUGGUCUCAUGCAGAAUCAUGCUGAUCUCACUAUAUCAAGAAUGUGAGCAUGAUUCAAAAUGUGUCUGUAGAAAGUUCGGGCAAAACAGGCUUUCCGUGUGGGCUGGACCCGUUUUGUCACCCCUAGUUGCUACAUGACUCGUUUGUUAUCAUUGACUAAUUAAUUAAUUAUUAAUUAGACCACUAUGAUUUUGAAUAAUUACAUAAUAACCCUAAUAUUACAAUUGUGAAUUGUGAUUCAAAAAUUCUAACAACUUGUGAAAAAGAUUUUGGCUGAGUAUGAAGAGCCAAUGUUGUUUUAACGAAUAAAAUCUAUUUAAAAAUAAUUGUUAAUCUUUGCUAUUUUUUAAUUAUGUUCUUUAAUUAUUAUUUUGUAUAUUGUUUUUAAUAUAUUAAUAAUAUUAAUUUAAUCUUAUGAUGAUAUUAUUAUAUUUCUAUGUACAAAAAUUUAAAUGACAGGUGUU